GGUGAUGUCACUUUGCAAGUGAAGACUGGUAACGAAAACAAUAUGGUGGAAGUUUUGAAUUUUCUUGUAAACAUGUAAUAAAACUAUAUUUUACGAGAAUGGUGUUUUAUUUUACGAGUGCAGUUGUAUCUCCACCUUACACAAUAUACAUGGGAGUGGACAAGUUUGAAAAUGAAGAUCUUAUCAAAUACGGCUGGCCAGAAGAUGUCUGGUUUCAUGUUGACAAAAUGUCUUCAGCUCAUGUUUAUUUAAGACUUCCUAAGGGACAGGCUAUAGAAGAUAUCCCAACAUCUGUGUUAGAUGAUUGUGCUCAACUAGUGAAAGCCAACAGCAUUCAAGGAAAUAAGAAAAACAAUGUCAGUGUAGUCUACACACUUUGGGAAAACUUGAAAAAGACAAAUGAUAUGGACGUGGGACAAGUUGGAUUUCAUAAACAGAAACAGGUCCAUGUAAUGUCUGUCGAAAAAAGAAUCAACGAGAUUGUUAAUCGUCUAAACAAGACAAAAACAGAAAAAUUUCCAGACUUGAGGUCGGAGAGAGAAAAACGCGAUCAAGAGGAGAGAGAUGGCAGACACAAGGAAAUUCAAGAAAAAAGACGUAAAGAAAAAGAAGAGGAAAGAAAACGAGCAGCUGAAGCAGAAGUGAGGAGUUAUUCUCAUCUCAUGAAAGAAGAAAAUAUGAAAUCAAAUCUGGAUGGUGGAUCAGAUUCUGAUGAUUUUAUGUGAAGAUUUUUUGUUAAAACUAACAAAAUGAUUACAGCGCUAUUUCAGAAUAUUUUAUAUUUAUGACGUCAUAAGUUGAAAUGUGACCUCGCAUGACGUUCUUUUGUAUCAGUUUGUGUUUGUUACAUUUGUCAUCAAUAAUUUUAAUAAUCGACAUUAAUCACAUUAAUAUGUCGCCCGAAGCAUAAUUAUCGAAUCGGGUGAAUGUAGUCAUAACAUCGACAAUGAAUGAAAAACAAAGCUUAUUUUUAUUCAACAA